AUGCUUGUUGCUACAGAAACAAAUGAGGGCUCUGAGAGCGACCUCAUCUAUCAAAAGUUUAUGGAGGGCAGAAGCAGGAACCGUCUGGAGCUAUUCUCCCAGCAGCUGAGGGGAACGUUCGUCAAGAAGUGGCUCCUGUUCCAGCGGAACAUCUUCCUCUCCCUCAACAUGCUCGUCCUGCCCUCGCUGCUCGUCCUCAUCGGACUUCAAGCCGACUUCAGGAGAACAGGCUCCGGCCACACCAACAUGCCGCCCCUGUCCUUCAACUUUGACCUUUUUUGUGACAUAGUCAUCCCGCUGAGGACGACUGAAGGUAAAAACAAUCCGUUAGUGGACGCAAUAAAACGUCAGUCGCCGUCUACAGAGUUUCUGGAAAUACAAACGGGUAAUUUGAGUGAGUUCUGCUUGGCAUGGUAUAGAGCUCACACGGCGGAGGAUUACGAUAACAGAAUGUUGCUGGGACUGGACUUCACGAGGAAAGAGCCAACAUUGUUCUAUCAGGAAUUACUUUACGCUCAGUUCAUGGGGAUCCAGAUGAUGAUGAACGCCCAUGUCAAGACAGCCCUCGUACGACGAGAACACUAA